CAAGUCCUGUUGCUGUUCCUAAGGCUUCUCCAGGGUGUGGGCUGGGGCUGGGGGAUCAAGCCUGCUCCAGCCAGAGCCCCCUCCAUGACACUCCCCUUCACACCUGGCUGAACCAGGUAAGGCCCAGCCAGUGCACGAGGAGGCGGAAAUGAACCUCGGGCAGUGCCUUGGAGUCCAAGAUUGCAGACAACAAAAGACCCAGUGAAACGAAAGAAGCCACGCCUCUGAGGAGGGAGACCUGACCUGGCCAGGACCGUGCUCUGUAGAUGUCAUGGCAUCCCCAGUACCGGAGCUCCAAGUUCCGCCACGUCUUCGGCAAACCGGCCAGCAAGGAGAAUUGCUACGACUCGGUGCCCAUCACCCACAGCGUCCACGACAAUCACUUCUGCGCCGUGAACCCCCAUUUCAUUGCAGUCGUGACUGAGUGCGCUGGUGGGGGGGCCUUCCUCGUCAUACCCUUGAACCAGACAGGAAAGUUGGACCCCCACUACCCAAAGGUCUGCGGGCACAAAGGGAACGUCUUAGACAUCAAGUGGAAUCCUUUUAAUGAUUUUGAGAUCGCCUCCUGUUCUGAAGACGCCACAAUUAAGAUCUGGGACAUCCCCACGCAACUGCUGACAAGGAACCUCACAGUCUUCAGGAAGGAGCUGACGGGCCAUGCCCGCAGGGUGGGCCUGGUGGAGUGGCACCCCACAGCCGCCAACAUCCUCUUCAGCUCUGGCUACGACUAUAAGGUGAUGGUCUGGAACCUGGACACAACGGAGUCUGUAAUCGUUAACCCCGUGAGGACGAUUUGCUGCCACCAAGACGUGAUCCUUUCCAUGUCCUUCAACACCAAUGGCAGCCUGCUGGCCACCACCUGUAAAGACCGCAAGAUUCGGAUUCUCGACCCCCGGGCAGGGGCCGUCCUCCAGGAAGCCAGCUACAAGGGACACCGAGCCAACAAAGUGCUGUUUCUGGGGAACCUGAAGAAGCUGCUGUCCACAGGCACAUCCCGGUGGAACAACCGCCAGAUGGCCGUGUGGGACCAGGACAACCUCUCCGUGCCUCUCACCGAGGAGGACCUGGAUGGCUCCUCAGGGGUGCUGUUCCCCUUCUAUGACGCAGACACCAGCAUGCUCUACGUGGUGGGGAAGGGAGAUGGAAACAUCCGCUACUAUGAAGUGAGCGCUGACAAACCUCACCUCAACUACCUGACAGAAUACCGCUCCUACAACCCCCAGAAGGGGAUUGGUGUCAUGCCAAAGAGAGGUCUCGACGUAUCCUCCUGCGAGAUCUUCCGCUUCUAUAAGCUGAUUACGACCAAAAGCCUCAUUGAGCCUGUAUCCAUGAUUGUACCCCGGCGGUCGGAGUCUUACCAAGAGGACAUCUACCCGCCCACGGCGGGAGCCCAGCCCUCUAUGACGGCCCAGGAAUGGCUCUGCGGGAUGGAUAAAGGGCCGGUCCUGGUGUCCCUGAGGCCAGGCUCCGAGCAGCUGUGCCCCCGGCCGCUGCUCCCAGAGAGACCCCCCUCCCUCAACCAGACAGGACGGUUGGCUGUACAAGAUGGCCAGAGAACCUUCUCCCUGCGGGAGGAGACGGUGCCGAGGUGGGCAGCCGAACACAGGCUGGAAGAGAAGAAAACGCGGCUCACAAACGGCUUUGACAUCUUCGAGUGCCCCCCACCAAAGACAGAGAACGAGCUGCUCCAGAUGUUCUACCGACAACAGGAGGAGAUCCGGAGGCUCCGGGAGCUGGUGACCCAGCGCGAGGUCCAGGCCAAACAGUUGGAACUGGAGAUCAAAAACUUGCGGAUGGGCUCAGAGAGGUUCUGAGCAGAGAGAAAAUGAAACUCUCGGUCGCUGGAAGAUGCUAGUGGGAGGGACGUGGUGCCGUUUUUCUAUUUGCCUUCUCAAAACAACACUGUCUGAAUUGACUCUUUGUAGACAGCA